ACGAUUUUGACGGUCCAGCUUGAUUUGCGCAAAGAGAUAACCCAAGUUAUUGUAGAAACUAUCUUAAUGUUAAGGCUGCAAAGUACGCUAGACGUACCACGCAUUCAUCAAAAAUUAAAAUGGAGCAUCUGCAGUACGCAUUAAGAGAUCAAAACUCUGACUUUUAUAUACUUCAAGUCGAUUAUACAGGGGCAGAAUCAGAACGCUUUUACAAAAAUGAAUUAUUAUUUGAGUCGUUAAAAUCCAGAGUAUCUAUUCCAACGACAAAGCAAAAGCUCAAUGACAAAUCGAAUGCGUCCAAUGUUAUUCCACGUCCGAAGCAUAUUCGAAAAUGUGAUCUGGUAUUGCUUAUGCCAAUUAAGAAGUUUCCGCUAUCCAAGGAGCAACAGGAGUUCUAUGUAUUAAUCACAGAGACAUGCAUGGGCGCUUCAGAGUCAGUGCGUCGCGAGGCACUUCAGAGACUACAGUUGGACUCAUCGCUACAGCCAAUGGCCCCCACCUUAUGUACUUUUAUUUCCGAUGCUGUUAAGGUGAAUGUAGUUCAAAAGAACUUUGUCCUACUCGUGUAUCUCAUGCGUAUGGUCCAUGCUCUGCUCGGCAACUCCAAUCUACAGCUACAAAGUUACGUACACCUGCUAAUAUCGUCUGUGCUUUCCUGCUGUGUGGCAAAUCAGCUGUGUGCUUAUUCCUCAGCUCAAAACCAUUGGGCCUUGCGCGAAUUCGCAGCCAUCAUUAUGAUAGAUAUUUUGAAGCUUUUUAGUAAUGUGGACAAGAGUAUUUUGCCAAGAGUACUUAGAGUAUAUAAGAAUGGGCUGCAAAGUGCAGUCUUACCCACCAUUUACGGCUGCGCAGUUGGAUUGUCAAAGUUAGGCGGGUACAUAAUAUUUAAAUUCAUUAUACCUCAGCUACGUUCUAUAGCAAUUUGCAUUGAAACACAGCUGAGCAAGGAUGAUGACGAUGUGGAUAAGCAGGCAGCCAUAUUUAUUAGACAUCGGCUUCUGAAGAUGUGUGCUCCAAUACUUAAAACUAUUCACAGCGCACCCGAUAUGGUCUCGGAAUAUAUAGAGCACUAUGGCUAUCUUGGCCCGGGCUUAUGCGAUGCAGUUGUACUAGCACGCAUUAUCGAUGAAUUAUCUGUAACAUAAAUAAGAAAACUAAAGUUGUGCGGUUUUGUUAU